AUGUGUGCGCUCCCGCCGGCGUGGCUGUGGCUGCUGCUCGGACUCCUGCCUCUGGAGCUCCAGGCCCGGGCUGUGACUCUGCAGAGCCUCUCUCACAGACACAGGUUGAGUUUAUCCAGAAGUUCUAAACACCCAAAGUCUUCUCGUCACACCACCGUGGUGCCUACUGUGUCUAAUCACGUAGUUGCCACAGACAACCACGUUCCCCUAAGAGACAUCUGGAGUGCCCUGCUGCACAAAGAGGCCCCGCUGCACUCGUCCAACAGAUUGCUUGACCAAAGCAAUGUGCUGCAAGAAGCACCGGUUUGGCAGCGUGGGUCAAGAGGUCGUCGUCAUGCCAACACUGGUGGUGGGCGGGGCCACAGCUACCUGAUGAGGGUGGGUUGUGUCCUAGGCACCUGUCAGGUUCAGAACCUCAGCCACCGUCUCUACCAGCUGAUUGGACAGAGCGGGAGGGAAGACUCCUCCCCCAUUAACCCUCGCAGUCCUCACAGUUAUGGCUAA